CUGUUGAUAUAUCAAAAAUCAACCAGUUCAUCUCUUUUUAGUUAUCCACCGAAUGACAAAACUUACCAAGAUGGAAAUAACGAGGGUGAGCCGUAUGGUGGCAAUGGAUUGGGACAGUCUUGCCGGGCUCAUGGAUAUUCCAUAUGAAGAACGUGAAGAGAUCAGAACCAACCACGCAAAAUAUCCUGAUUCUCUUUCCAAAGCGGAAGAAAUUCUCAUACAUUUCAAUGACAGUGAUUGCUUUGAUCGGGAUGUUCUUGCAAAAUCCCUCGUUGAAUUGGGACGACGUGAUCUUAAAGACGAAUUGCUUCCUAUGCUGGACGAGGUUUAUAAAACUCGUAGUGUCUUACGUCUGAAAGCCGAAACUGUUAAGAAAACUGGAAAAUCCAAAGGUGAUGGAACAGAAGAAAUACAAGAACUACAGACUGAAAUCGUUCCAGAGGGAAACGACCAGCCUCUCUCCCCUCGUGAAAUGUUCAGGUUAAGUCGCCGUAUUGCCGUUGACUGGGACAGUCUUGCUGGCCUCAUAGGCGUCGCCCAGGAACAAAGAGAUGAGAUCAGAUGCAACGUCAUUUACAGCGACAAUCGUUCACGAGCUGAGAAAAUCUUAUCUAUUUUCAACCACAGGAAUGAAUUCUCCCGUGAGAGGCUGGUAGAAUGCUUGAAAGAGCUAGAGAGAUACGACCUGAUUGAAACAAUCAUCACUGGAAAAUGGAAAUUCUUGUAACGAUCCAGAGUUUAUACGUACCCUUUAUUAUUAUUAUAAUUAUUAUUAUUGCUGUUGAAAGCUAAUAUACAUGAAGAAGACAAAAGUCUUAAUUAUACGAUGCAUUUACAAUAUUUUCUUUUCAAAAAGAUAAUUACAAUAAAAUCAGGCUAAAAUUAGAAAUCAAGCUAAAAAGCUUCAAGGGUCUCACUAAACUACGAUUAUAGCAGUUUAUGGCAUACACUAAUGGCCUGUUCUUAAAUCUC